CGUUGCUCGGUCUUGUGUCAGAGCAGUUAAUUAUUUCCUCGGUAACCAAGCAACAAUGUCUUCAGUGGAGAAUUUGAGAGAGUUUGUCAACGAGCGACUAUCUGCUGCUGCUGAGGAAAUAUUCGGAGUUUUUAAAAGAACCGUCGUCGAGUAUCAGGAAGAGAUCGACCGGCAGCGCAGACUGUUGGAUGUUUUUUGGAAACCCGAAGUAAGGUUACACAGGAUAGAGCUCCCACAGUCACGUGUCUGUAAGGAGGAGGAGGAGGCUCCCUCUGACCAGGAGCUCUGUCUCCAGGAGAGGAAGCCCAGUGUGGACCAAGAGGACCCAUAUCCUCCACAGAUUAAAGAGGAACAGGAGGAACUCUGCAGCAGUCCAGAGGGAGAGCAGCUUGCACCGAAGCAGGAGGCCUUUACGUUGGCUCCUACUUGUGAGGAAAGAGGACACGGUGAAGAUCAACUUUUGGACUUGUGUACUGAUGAAACUGAGCGUGUGGUACAGGAAACAUCUCAUAGCAACAUUUCAGUUGAAAGCACCACUGUAGUUGAACUAAACAAUGACCACCAGCUUCUCCCUCACAACUCUCAUAAAUCAGCAUUUCAUGAGAAACCUUUUUCUUGCAAAACAUGUGGAAAAGGAUUCAAAUAUAGUAGCAUCUUAAAAGCCCACAUGAGAGUUCACACUGGGGAAAGGCCAUAUUCCUGCAUCACCUGUGGGAAAACAUUCACUAAGAAUUCACAUUUGAAGUCACAUAUAAGAGUUCAUAGUGGGGAGAAGCCAUUUUCCUGUAUAACCUGCGGGAAAACAUUCUCUCAGACAUCAACUUUGAAGUCUCAUACACGAAUCCAUACUGGGGAGAAGCCAUAUUCCUGCAGCAUCUGUGGGAAAACAUUCACUGAUACAUCAAAUUUUAAUCGUCAUAUAAGAAUCCAUGUUCAGGAGAAGCCGUUUUCUUGCUUCACCUGUGGGAAAACAUUCUGUGACAAAUCAAAUUUGAAGUCUCAUACAAGAAUUCAUAGUGGGGAGAAGCCAUAUUCCUGCAUCACCUGCGGAAAGACAUUCUCUCAGACAUCACAUUUGAAGUCUCAUACAAGAAUCCAUACUGGAGAGAAGCCAUAUUCCUGCAUCACCUGUGGGAAAACAUUCACUAAGAAUUCACAUUUGAAACGUCAUAUAAAAAUCCAUACUGGGGAGAAGCCAUAUUCCUGUAAAAUAUGUGAAAGAAGUUUCAGACGUUCUAGUGACUUAAUUGUCCACAUGAGAAGAACCCACAAAGGUGAAAUGUCAUAGAUGCAACUCCUGUGAGAAAAUAGUCUGAGCAAUUUUUUUAGAAUAAAAACGAGUUGAUGCUUUUUAUAAGAAGAGAACACAAAUGCUCCAUUUGAGAGAAAAGUCUUUUCAGUAAUCUCUUCUUCCGGCAGACAGACAGAGAGAGGCGACCUUGGUGCAUGGAGUAGAGAUGCUGCGCUGGGAACCGCAAGGUUGUUAGUUCGAACCCUCCCAACUCCAUUUCCUGUCAAAGUGUCCCUGAGGAGGACACCCAACUGCUCAUUGAGCACCCUUACUGCAGCAUACUACUCCCACUGUGUGAGAUGGGUUAAAUAUGCAAUAAAAAUUGCUUUAGAUAAAACCUUCAGGUAAAUGACAUGUAAUAUAAUUUAAUGUCAUUAAAGUUAAA